UGAUUCUUUAUUUAUCAUGUCUUUUUUGUUUAUUUUCUCCUUGGAAUAAAAACUAUCCUAACCCUUUAUUAGUCUAUAUAUUCGCCUCUUUUUCUUUUUCUUAUUUUUCUCUUUUUUUAACUCAAUUCUCCUUUCUUUAAUUUUUUUUCCCCUUGUCACUUAAAAAACUUGUAUCAUAAAAUGACACUAUCCUUUCAUAGAAAAGGAAACAAUGUAGAAAAAACCGAACCCAAACCAGAAAAGCAAUCCAACACAACCGCGAGCGGAAACCAAGACAGCUAUCUGAACGGCAUUGGAUCAUAUGAAUUUAUAAAAUCGUUAGGAAGUGGAAAAUUCAGUAAAGUCAUGCUUGCGUAUCACUUGGAAACUCAUCAGCAAGUAGCCAUCAAGAUCAUAGAUAAACAGGCACACGACUAUAGAGUGAUGUCCAGAUUAGUUCGAGAAAUAUCCAUCAUGGAGAUACUGCAACACGAAUAUAUCGUUAAAUUGUAUGAAACAUUUGAGAGUUGCGAUUCACUCUUUUUAGUAAUGGAAUAUGUGCCUGGUUGGAACCUGGAUGAAUAUUUACAAAAAAAGAGUCAAGGUGCAUUGGAUGAAGACGAAGCUCGUCAUUUGUUUAGACAAUUGGUUACUGCUGUCGACUUCUGUCAUCGUAAAUGGGUCGUUCAUCGUGAUUUAAAGACGCCAAACAUAUUGAUUACACCGGAUGGACAGGUGAAAUUAGCUGAUUUCGGGCUGGGUAACAGAUAUGGAUUACAACGUUUAAGAACCAUCUGUGGCUCUAUGCUUUACUAUAGCCCUGAAAUUAUCACAGGCCAAAAAUAUUACGGCCCUGAAGUCGAUUGUUGGUGUCUUGGUAUCACCUUGUUUCGCAUGACGGCUGGCUUUGAACCUUUUUCGCAUGCACACACUGUAGGAGAGCUUAAAAAGGAUGUAUGCAAAUGCAACUUUCCCAUGCCUAGUACAUUAAGUUCAGGAUUGCAAGCCACCAUUCGAAAAUGCUUACAAGUGGAUCGCCGAAAAAGAAUGACACUUCGCCAGGUACUAAAAGAUGAUCCCUGGCUAACAGAUAAUGGCAGAUUACAUUGCCCCGUAUCCAUAGCGCCAAAGACAGUAUUUGAAGAGACCAUGGUGAUGCAAGAAGGUGAUAGAGAGGAUAGAGAUAAUAAGACCAGAAAGCAAUUUAUGAAGGAUUUAGAACGAGAUGCACAAACCGCAAAUAAGGUUCGACGCACCGUGAUUUAUCAUCCACUCAACACAUCCACGUAUUACACCACAAAAGCCGGAUCAUCGCAAUCUAUGGCCGCUGCCGGAGCACAGGUGCAAAACGUGGAAUUAUUACGAUCCGAACUACUUCAAUCCAUUCGGUCCCGUGCUAGAAAAUUGGGUAUGAAAUCUGCUGAGCGCUGGGACACCUUAAAAUCACCGGGUUUAAAAUCCCUCUUAUUCUCUUCAUUUCAUCAUAAAAAGAAGGAUUCCCUAUUUGCCACUUCUUCACAAACAAGUAAUUCAACGUCAUCAUCGAGAUCCUUAUCUGAAAUGGUGCAGCGUAUCACCAAGGACCAAGUGUAUCAUUUUCAACUAACAAAUCAUCAUCAAUACACACAUUCAUCACGACCUCCAUCGCUGUCUUCUUCUACCUCCACUUCUUCCUUGUCCAGCAGCAUUGAUGCUAGAGACAGUGCUGUAGCUGCUAUUGAAGAUGAGAUAUUGAGCAUAGAAAAGAAAAGCAGCCGAGAAGUAAUGGCUUUACUGAAACAAACAUGUCAGCUGAUGGGUAUCACAUAUGUCCAGGACUCUCCCGUCUCACUUCAUUGUGUAUUGACUCUGAGAAGUACACCCAAAACGACAGCUAGAACAUCCUCAUCUGCUACACUACUAUCACCUUCCACAUCCAAUUCACCCGCUCCACCCCCGAUUUCUGCACACACACGUAAACAAAGCCAAACCAGUAGUAUGGGCACCAUGAUGGGGGGUGAUGAAUCAUCCAGCAACCGCAAGCGAUUAUCCUUACCUCUGAUAUCGCAUUUAACAUCCUCCAUGACGACAUCAUUUUUUGGUCGCAGUAAACCUCGUCAUUCGAUGGAUGAAACGUCUACUGUAAACAAGAGCGUGUCUCCAGAUCAGACCAGAAGAAAGCAAAAAGAAGGCACAGCCAUGUUUACGAUACAGCUUGAAAGCCACAAAAAAAAGGUGGAUCGUGUAAGCCUUCGUUUUUCAAAGCAGCAAGGUUCAACCACUGUCUUUAAAAUGGCAGGUGGUUGGGUAGCUGGUGUGGUAGCAUUGGAUGGGAAAAUUGGCCGUUAAAAAGGAUCAAAAAUUGUAAAAACAACACAUUAUGUUUAUAUGUUAUUAGAAUAAAAAUAUGGCUUCGAGAGCAUAUAUUUCAUUUAUACCAG